UGUAUGACAGGGUUCGUACGGGUCAUGGAAAACCUGGAAAGUCAUGGAAUUUUACUUUAUUGCUUUUAAGGCCUUGAAAGUCAUGGAAAAUUAUUUUUUCCAUUGGAAAGUCAUGGAAAGUCAUGGAAUAUCAAAAUUAUGGACAACUAUAGUAUUUUCUCACUAUACAAGUGAAUAAAUGGAGAUAUUUCAACCAUUUUCUUCUCGUAUUUUCUUUCAUUCGUAACAUACCGACUGAUUGUACUUGUGAAUGUGUUCACUAUGAUCGAUGGAUAAGCGCUGUGUACGUGGGUGUGUACGUGUACGAUACGAACUACGUGUGUAUGGUCAGUGUAUGGCGGUACGGUCCACAUCGUGCGCACAUGGCUAGCUUGCGAGCGAGCUCGCUAGCGCUAGCUCAGUUCAGCAAGCUAGCGCACGUGUACGUGUGCAGUGUGUGUGUGCAUAUGAUGAUGGUGCCAACGCGACAUGUGACACUCCAAGAACGAAUGUAAUGCCUCGAUUGCACUUUGGCUUUGCAUUAAAUUGCGACCACUUAGACUACUACAAUUUUUACACUUCUCCAAUAAAUGAGGAAAAAGUAAAUUAGUAAUAUUUGUUUUUUAAUUUUCAUUAUUUAAAUAAAAAAGGAACAAUACUGACGUGUCAACAAGGCAAAUUGGCAGCGCUAGCUCGUUGACGAUCUAUAUAUCGACGCGACGGCAUGUGUUUUGAAACUUUUGUGCAUGUGUUGAUUCUUCAUGAAACGGAGUUGUUUAUUUUCACAGACCUUGGAACUCGUCACGUGGAUAUUUUCACCAUUACAAAUUUUGUGGAAGUGAUAUUCAAAAUGCCUGGAAAUUGUCAUUUUAAGGAUGCUUGGUUAGAACACCCGGAUUACCGUGGCUGGAUUUUGAAAGAAAGUUCCGAUCUGGGGACUGCUAGAUGUGCUGUUUGUAUGUGUAAAUUCAGUGUCCGUAAUAUGGGCGAAGCAGCCGUCAAGAGCCACAAGAAGAGUGAAAAACACACAGCAAACCUCCAACAGCAACAACGUCAUUCUACUCUCUCACUCAAGAGCUUCUUCAAGGCAAAAGGUGCAGAAAGUUCAUCAGUAUCUAUCACGUCUACAGAUGCAACAACCAGUACUUGUGCGCCAUCAACCUCUAAAGUGACAACUCCCAUUCCUGUUGCUGCAAGAGAGGAAACUUUAAAAGCUGAAAUACUCUGGUGUCUGAAAGUGGUGGAGGAUCAUUUAUCAUUUCAUUCUUGCCAGCACAACAGUGAGCUCUUUCAAAGAAUGUUUCCGGACUCAGCUAUUGCUAAGGGUUUCACGUUGUCAGAAACAAAAUGUCGGUAUAUGACGGUGUUUGGUUUGGGCCCAUAUGUGCAAGACCUCCUUUAUGACAACAUAAAACAAUCAAACCACUAUGUGAUACUGUUUGAUGAAAGCCUCAACAAGAAGCUCCAGAAAAAGCAGAUGGACUUCCUCAUAAGAACAUGGCAACACAAUGAAGUUUGCACUCGCUACUUGACGUCUGUGUUCAUCGGACAUGGUUCAGCUGUUCACCUCAAGGAAGAACUGAAUAAAGUUCUGCACACAGUUGGCUUGGAAAAAUUACUGCAAAUAUCAAUGGAUGGUCCCAACGUUAAUUGGAAGAUGUAUGAUGACUUUACGCGAGAGUACACUGCUGACCUGACCAAAUCCAUACUGAAUAUAGGCUCAUGCGGGCUCCAUAUAGUUAAUGGUGCUUUUCUGACAGGUGCCAAGGCUGCUGACUGGGAGGUGGAAAGCUUUCUAUCAUCCUUGUAUUACCUGUUUUCUGAUUCCCCUGCCAGAAGAGAGGAUUAUCAGAAGAUAACUGGAGAUCAUACCAUGCCACUUAAGUUUUGCAAGACCCGAUGGCUGGAAAACCUUCCUGUUGCAGAGAGAGCAAUCAGCAUCUGGGAGAGUGUAUGUGCGUAUGUUAAAGCAGUAGAAGAGAAGAAAAUCCCUCACCCAAAGAACAAGUCCUUUGAAACUGUUUCAAAAUGUACUCAUAUAACUGAUUUCUUAGCAAGACUGUACUUCUUCAUAUCUGUUGCAAAGCUGGUCAAUCCUUUCCUAACAGACUAUCAGACUGAUGCACCAAUGCUGCCCUUUUUAGCUGAAGACCUUACUAGAAUGCUUGCAUCCCUUAUGCAGCGAUUUUUAAAGCUGGACAGGAGUACCAUUACUUCUCCUUACAAGAUAAUGCAGGUAGAUGUUAGCAGUGAGGCCAUUCAGCUGCCCUUGGCCAAGUUGGACAUUGGAUUCUACACUGAGAAGAAGCUGAAAGAUCUGAAGGCGAAAAAUAUCAUCAGUGAGCUGAAAGUUCUGGAAUUUCGCACUCAAGCAAAGAAGUUUCUUGCUGCAAUGACCCGGAAGCUCAUUGAGCGAUGUCCGCUUAAGUAUGCACUUGUGAGAAAUAUAGGAUGCUUGAGUCCAAAGAACAUGGCAAAAGACAAAGAAAACUCCACUGCAAAGCUGAAGAGGGUGCUUAACACCCUUAGUGAUGCCCACAGACUUAAGGAUUCAUGUGACGAUAUCCUAAGAGAAUACUCAGAAGCAUGUGAUGAGGCAUCAAGAAGUGCAGAGAUGAGAGACUUUGAUCCAAAGAAAGAGAGAUUGGACUCUGUAAUGUGCAAAUUUCUGUCCGAGUCUCGCUAUUCGACCCUCUUAAAGUUGGUCCGCAUGUUGCUUGUCUUGUCCCAUGGACAAGCCUCCAUUGAGAGAGGUUUCUCAAUCAACAACGAAGUUGAAGAGGACAAUCUCCUGGGACACUCACUGAUAUCAUUGAGGGCCAUUUAUGACCAUAUCAAGUAUGUUGGAGGAAUCAAGAAUGUGACUAUUGACAAAUCAAUCAUGUUGGCUGCGUCUGCAGGCAGGCAGAAAUACCACAUCUAUCUCGAUGAACAGAGGCGUAAAAAGGAAAAGGAAAAGAAAGAAGGAAAGAGAAAAGGACUGAUGGAUGGUUUGGAAGAACUAAAGGCCAAACAAAUGAGACUGCAAGCAGAUGUGAAAAGUCUUCACACCUCAGCAGACAAGUAUGCUGAGGAAGCAGAGUCACAAGGAAGAUUGACUUGUAUUUCCAAAUCAAACAGCCUCCGACGUACAGCAAAGGAGAAGGCAUCCCAGUUACAAGUAAUUCAGAAACAGAUUGAUGAACAGCUGAAUGCCAUUAAGAAUUAUUAAAGAACUUGGACAGUUUGUUACCAAUGCCACCAAAUAUUCAGACAGGUGCAAUGUGUAGAGGGAUUUCUUUCAAACAGCUACAUGAAGAUGUCUCAAGAAAAAACUCAUUCAGAAAUUAUUGACCAGCUUAAUGCUAGCGAAACAAGAAUUCAUCAGCUGAUGUGAGUAGGCCUACUGUGUUUUGUUGGUGAAAUCAAAAUUGGUGAUGGUAUGUGUGUGAGUUUGUGUGUUGGUGUUGUUUUGUUUUCUUUUUUUUUUGGGGGGGGGGGGGUAGUUACCUUGUACAUGCAAAGGAGAGCUAUUGAAGGAAUCAUGGUGGUCCAUGAAACCAGGAACAGGCAAUUUGUAUUCUUUAGAAGUGAAAAUUGCCAUUAAAAAAUGGACAAUUGUUGAUAUGAAUACAUGUAUGUGUAAUUGUAAGAAUAUUAUAUAGCAGUGCAUAUCGAAUAUGAUGAAAAAAUAACAUGUAAUUGUAACAGAUGAAAUAACUAGAUAACAAAAGCUGCCUUUCUAUUAGUAGACUUGAAACAUGCACUUUGCUUCGCUUUGAUUUGAGAUCAAAUUUUCAGUCUACCGUGUAAAAAAAAUGUGUAAAAGUCAUGGAAAGGUCAUGGAAUUCUGGCUAGAAAAGUCAUGGAAAGUCAUGGAAUUAAAUUUAUGAGAAAGAGUAUGAACCCUGUA